AACAGUCUGGGAUAUUUCAGACUGGCACCACCUCCUCUGGCUGUUUCCGAGGCCAUCUAGAGGCCACAGCCCAGUCAGCUUAAAUGAAAGUAAAGAGAGGGCUGCGGGAGUUUGGGACCUUUGUGCAGAUGUGCUCAUGCUCGUUAGAGUAGAGGGCGGGAGAGAGGAAAGGAAGGAGGGCAUUGGGAGCCGAGGCCCCUCCUUUCAUUUCAGAAAAGUGCACAGGCAGAGCGGGCUGAGUCACAGGCACAGGUGAGGAACUCAACUCAAACUCCUCUCUUUGGGAAAACGCGGUGCUUGCCCCUCCCGGAGUGGCCUUGGCAGGGUGUCGGAGCCCUCGGUCUGCCCGGUCUGGUCUCUGGGGCCAAGGCUGGGUUUCCCUCAUGUAUGGCAAGAGCGCUACUCGUGCGGUGCUUCUUCUCCUUGGCAUACAGCUCACAGCUCUUUGGCCUAUAGCAGCUGUGGAAAUUUAUACCUCUCGGGUGCUGGAGGCUGUUAAUGGGACAGAUGCUCGGUUAAAAUGCACUUUCUCCAGCUUUGCCCCUGUGGGUGAUGCUCUAACAGUGACCUGGAAUUUUCGUCCUCUAGAUGGGGGACCUGAGCAGUUUGUAUUCUACUACCACAUAGAUCCCUUCCAACCCAUGAGUGGGCGGUUUAAGGACCGGGUGUCUUGGGACGGGAACCCUGAGCGGUAUGAUGCCUCCAUCUUUCUCUGGAAACUGCAGUUCGACGACAAUGGGACAUACACCUGCCAGGUGAAGAACCCACCUGAUGUCGAUGGGGUGAUAGGGGAGAUCCGGCUCAGCGUCGUGCACACUGUACGCUUCUCUGAGAUCCACUUUCUGGCUCUGGCCAUUGGCUCUGCCUGUGCACUGAUGAUCAUAAUAGUAAUUGUAGUGGUCCUCUUCCAGCAUUACCGGAAAAAGCGAUGGGCUGAAAGAGCUCAUAAAGUGGUGGAGAUAAAAUCAAAAGAAGAGGAAAGGCUCAACCAAGAGAAAAAGGUCUCUGUUUAUUUAGAAGACACAGACUAACAUUUUUAGACGGAAGCUGAUGAUUUCCAAGAACAAGAACCCUAGUGUUUGUUGAAGUUAAUGGAAACUUUUCUUUGGCUUUUCCAGUUGUGACCUGUUUUCCAACCAGUUCUACCGCAUAUACAAGCAACAUCCCUCUGGAGCCAGCACAGUGCUCUUCCAUAUCACCAGUCAUACACAGCCUCAUUAUUAAGGUCUUAUUUAAUUUCAGAGUGUAAAUGUUUUCAAGUGCUCAUUAGGUUUUAUAAACAAGAAGCUACAUUUUUGCCCUUAAGACACUAUAGUGUUAUGACUUGUAUACACAUAUAUUGGUAUCAAAGGGGAUAAAAGCCAAUUUGUCUAUUAUAUUUCCUUUCAUUUAUUUCUUUUAGCAGCACUUCUGCUACUACAGUUAAUGUGUUUACUCUCUUUCCUUCCCAUUAUUCUCAAUUAAAAGGUGAGCAAAGCCUCCUCGGUGUUUUUGACUAACAGUAAAUCGUAAAUUCAAACUGUUAAAUGGCAAUUUGAUUUUUAUGUCUCUCCUUAACUAGGAGACACAUCUUGUUUUAAUGAAUUUCUUUCAAUAUUCCAGGUGAUAGAUUUUUGUUGUUGUUUUGUUAAUUAAUCCAAGAUUUACAAAAGCACAGCGCUAAAUCACACAGUAACUACAAAAGGUUGCAUAGAUAUGAAAAGACUGGUAGAUGCCAUUGCAGGAUGAAUCACCUGUCACUUUUCUUCUGUGCUGGGAAAAAUAAUCAACAAUGCGGGUCUUUCAUGAGCAGUGACAGACUGUUUAGCUUACUAUGUUGCCCCCCAGUUCAAUGAUCUAUAAUAACAGAGCAAAGCCUAUGCUCAUUUGCAGACUGGAAUCAUUAAGCAGUUUAAUAAAAAUAUCGUGAAACAG